UGGCAAGUUUGAAAUUGAAACAGUAAGCAAACGCAAGCAGAUAGGAAUAGAAAUGAGAGAGAGAGAGGGGCAAUGCAAGCAGAAGAGCCAUGGGAUUGUCCCCAAAGAACACUCCUCGCACGCCCUCCUAUCUCCUCCUCCUUGUCGCUGCCUUGGCCCUCACCGCCCUUUUCCUUUACAAGGUAGACAGCUUCAUUUCCCAAACCAAAACCGUCGCGGGCCACAACUUAAACCCAACGCCGUGGCACCUUUUCGAACCCAAGACCUUCAGUGAAGAUAGCCGCCAAAUCCGAGCCUUCAAGAUCUUACAUUGCUCUUACCUUACUUGUCACUCUAGCAAUAACACAGUCCCCAAACGCCGCCGUUUACAUUCCUCAAAAUCCAGCGAGAAAUGCCCAGAAUUCUUCCGGUGGAUCCAUCAGGACCUCAAGCCCUGGGCUCGGACUGGGAUCUCCACGGCCCAUUUGGCGGAGGCCCAGAAAUACGCGGCUUUCCGGGUCGUGAUCGUUGGUGGAAAGCUGUUCGUGGAUUUGUACUACGCGUGUGUGCAAAGCCGAGCCAUGUUUACUAUAUGGGGGUUGUUGCAGCUUCUCAAGAGGUAUCCUGGGAUGUUACCUGAUGUGGAUAUAAUGUUUGAUUGCAUGGAUAAGCCUAGAAUCCACCGGGCUGAGCAUGAAUCGAUGCCGUUGCCGCUUUUUCGGUAUUGUACCACUGGGGAGGACUAUGACAUUCCAUUUCCUGAUUGGUCUUUCUGGGGUUGGCCAGAGACAAAUAUAAGGCCCUGGGAUGAAGAGUUCCAUGAUGUUAAACGAGGUUCUCAACGUCUAAGUUGGUCAAAGAAGUGGCCCCACGCAUACUGGAAAGGAAAUCCAGAUGUUUUAUCUCCUAUCCGUACAGAGUUGCUGACAUGUAAUGACUCUAAGAUGUGGGGAGCACAAAUUAUGCGUCAGAAUUGGGAAGAAGAAGCAAAACUUGGUUAUGAGCAAUCCAAACUAUCGAAUCAGUGUAAUUACCGAUAUAAAAUUUAUGCUGAAGGGUUUGCUUGGUCUGUGAGCUUGAAGUAUAUUCUAUCAUGUGGUUCUCUUUCCCUGAUAAUUUCCCCACAAUAUGAAGAUUUCUUCAGUCGUGGUCUCAUUCCCAAAAAAAACUAUUGGCCUGUCUCUCCUACCAAUUUAUGCCCCUCAAUAAAGUUUGCUGUUGACUGGGGUAAUGCACACCCAUCAAAGGCUAAGGUAAUAGGCAAAAAAGCGCAGAAUUUGAUGGAAUCCUUAAGUAUGGAUAGGGUCUAUGAUUACAUGUUUCACCUCAUCACGGAGUACUCAAAGCUGCAGGACUUCAAGCCAGUCCCACCAUCUUCUGCUCAAGAAGUGUGUCCUGAAUCGCUGCUUUGCUUCGCUGAUGAGAAGCAGAGGCAGUUCCUGGAAAAAUCAACUGUCUUUCCUUCACAAGCACCACCAUGCACCCUCCAGCAUGCUAAUAGUAAUCUCAUCAAGAGCUGGAUUGAACAGAAAAAGAAAAACAUCAAAGAUGUGGAAGAUAUGGAGAAGGUGAAAGCAGAGAGACGCGCAAAUUAGGAUGCAUGGUGUGGUGUUUAUGAAGUUAAAUUAAAAUUUGUAGGUUUUUUCACUAAUUAUUUUUUUAAGUAGCAAUGCACUCAAGUCACUCAUUUCCAUGUAUACUAGGAAUGCGAGGAAAAAAAUCUGAUUGUGUGUAGGUAUCCUCCUAAGCACCUUAGUUUUUCUUUAGGAUAAUUAUGCUAACCCACCUAUGGUUUGAGGUGGUAGCCAUUUGUUUAUGUUGUUUAGAAAGUAUCGCUUUACUUAUCUAAGAUUAGUUUUU